CAAAAAAAUUCAAACACGUGUGGUUGACUUGAAAAUAACAAUGAAACUUAAAAAUAAAAGUUCAAGUAUAGAUACUACAAUAUUCGCUUCAUUUAGUAAACUAACCAGUGAUGAUGAAGUCAACAGAUUGAAAGGUGCUGAAGGAAUCAUAAAUAUCAUCAAAGAAAGCAGUGAAGAAAAACAACAGAAACAUUUAGAUUAUGCCGUGAAGAGAUUAAUUCGUGGUAAUGGAUCAUCCUCAACAUAUUCUCGAACUGGUUUUUAUACAGCACUUGCAGGAUUGUUAAAUUCCUCUUUGGAUAAUUUGCCUUCUAUCAGUAACAUCAUGGACAUUGUAAAAAAAGAAUUCAACAGUUCAGAAGAUAAAGGAAAAGUAGAUUCAACAGUCGGAACAGCACUUGUUUGUGGAGCAAUCAUUAGAUCCCCAAAAUCAUUGGGAAAUGCAUCACAAGAAGAAAUUUCAGAUUUAACAAAAUGUCUUGUUUCGUGUUUAUCUAAGCCGUCAGUAUCUUCAUUAGCCUACACAUUCAUAAAUGAGCUGGUGAUAAAUUCAAGUUCCAAUCUUGUGGAAUCAACAAUUUGGCCAGAAAUAAGGAAGAGUGUGAGCAUUGCGAAGGACACGAUAACCAUUGAUCCACUUUAUCUUCUGCUGGUAGUUGAAGAGCAUCAUGAAAACAUCAUCGAUCCAAUAUUUCUGAAGAAAUACUGGCACACUGAUUCAGUUCUUAAUGAAGACAACUUCAACAUUUUUGUAAAUCUUUUGUGGAGCAAUAAGAACGCAAAUGCAAUUAAUCAUCCAUUUUAUGUGUAUUUGAUGAGAAGAAUUGUUAUCACUAAGAACAUCAAACAAUUAUGGAAUGAAGUUGAUCAAUUUCUUGACACCGAAAUGAAGAAGAUCAACGGAAAAUCAAAUCAAUUGUUCAGACAAGUCGAAGUUGUGACGAUUCAUUCAGCACUUUCAAUAAUCAGAUGUUUGAAGGGCAAAUCCAAGGAUUUGUUGAAGCUUUUGACUCCAAACUUUCUUACGAUGCUUUGUGCAUUGGGAAUCAGAUCAAUUAAGGAUGAAGAUAUUCAAGAGCUUUAUUCAGAAUUUUAUGAUUUAAUGGAUAAUCAUAUUCAAGAGUUGAAGAAUGACGUAAAACUUCAAGUGCUUCGAAAAUUUCUGUCAUCUGGUUCGCUCACGCUUGAAAAGAAUUCGAAGAAAAAGUUCAUUACAAACUUAAUUAACUCUCUAGAGAUUCAAGAGUUGUUAGAGAUUGUAAAUGAGUUGAAGGAAGUUGUCGUGAGUGACAAAAAUGAUCGUGAACGACAAUACGCCGUGACAAUUCUUCAGAAAAUCAUAACACAUAAUAAAUUGGUUUCAAGUGACAUUGAAUGGCGCAUCAAACAAUUGAAAUUUCUGCUUAACUUGGCCAUAUUCAAAUCUUCUGAUGGACUUCAAUUGUCUUUGAGUGACGAAGAUGUUUCUACAAAUGCAACAAAUAUCAAAAAUAUUUUCUUCCAUUGCUUAGAAUCAAACUUGUCGAAACUUGAUGAUGACAAAUCCGUUUUAUUGGGUGUUGCUGAGCAUGUUUAUAACAUUUUAAAAAAGAAAGAUCACAACAGUUAUCUGCAGAAGCCUUUGGAAGAGAAACAUGUUGAAAUAUGGAAGAAAAUGUACGCCGACGUCACAAAAAAAUCUGAAAACAACAAAGAUAAAAAAUUGAAAACAGUUUUCCAAGUCCUCAUGCUUCACAUGGGUUUUCAAAUGUUCAAUCAAAGUCUUCUUGCAGCAAAUGCAAUAACUGAACUGGAAGCUGUCACAAAACGCGCUUUACAAAAGAAAAACAACAAUGAAAACGAACCAGAAUGGAUUGAAGUUGUGAUUGAUCUUUUUCUCACUUUAUUAUCGCAAGAAUCACAAGUUUUACGAAAUGUCAUUGGUCAUGUGUUUCCUCAACUCUGCAGUCAAAUGACCACAUCUGCUUUUCAUCAAAUACUUUCAUUGCUUGAUUUAAAUAAUAAAGAUAAUCCAUUGGAAGUGAAUACAAAUGAAGAAGAUUCUGAUGAUGAGGACGAAGACGAAGACGAAAACGAUGAGGAAGAUGAAGAUGAAGACGACGAGGAUGAAAUCAUCGAAAACGGUGAGGAAAAUGAAGAAGAUUCUGACAUAGAAAUGGAUGAAGAAGAAGAUAAAGAUGAUGAGCCAGAAACCAUCAAUGACACUGUGAGAAUUGCAGUGCAAAAUGCUCUUGCUAAUGCUGGCGACAAAGACGAUGAUGACAUUGAUUUGGAUGAUAUGGAUGAAGCUGAAGGAGAAAAAUUGGACAUCGCUCUGGCAAAUGCUUUUAAGUUAUUGAGACAAAAUCGAAAAUCAAAGAAAACAAAGAAGGAUAAAAUUGCUGAAAAAUCUUUGCUUCAUUUUCGUAUGCGAGCUUUAGAUUUGGUUGAAAUUUAUUUGAAGAACAACCCGCAAAUGGAGAUAUGUUUAGAGACGUUGAUUUUCUUUUAUGAUCUUAUGCCAAUUGCAAUAAAGAAUGAAAAACAGAGUCCACUUCUGCCAAGAUUUGAUGGCGUCUUCAUUCAACUUGCUCAACUUAAAUCAUUCAGCUUAGAGACCGUCGCGAAUGUCACAUCGAAACAUCUUGCUGAUACUCUUACAGAUAUGUUAAACAAGACAGUGAAAGAGAAGACGAAUAUUCAACAGCUUAAUCAUUUUGCUCGUGCUUGCAUUUUCAUUAUUAACUGUUCGCAGAUUCUUCAGAAAUUGACACCAGGGGAAGACGAAGUUUUACGGAUUAUGUUGGAACAUCUGAGAGAGUUUUUCACGCAUCGAAAUCCAACCCUUCAACUUAACAGCUUCAAUAAAAUUCUUGCAACACAAUGGACUGGAAACUUUAAGAUGGCAAAGUUUAUUUCCGAUGAAGGUCUCAAGUCAACUGUUCGCUCACUUCGACGAACGCAGUCAAUGCAAAUGUUGAAGACUUUCUUCAAAAAUCAUCAUCUGCUGACACAAAACGAAAAGUAUGCAACAAAAUAUUGUGAGAAAGUGUGCGAAAAUCUCAAGAAUUAUGUGAAUGAAGUGCAAGAAGUCCCUCAACCAGAAUUUUUGGAAUUAAUUCAAUUGAUCCUCACUCUUCGCAAUCAUAAACAAUUUUCAGUGAAAUCUGAACUUAUUGAGGCAAUUCAAUGUUAUCGAAAAAAACUUCUGUUGAAACCAAACAUUCUCAGCACUUACAAAUCGUUUUGUAAUGUGGUAAAAAUUACUUUUGUGCCAAAUGACAACAUAGAAGCAGAUGCGAAUUUGAAUGUCGUAUCAAAGAAGGUUGAAAUGCACAAUGGAACGAAUGGUGUAGGCGAUAAGAAAGAUGUCAGCAAUGCACUGAAAAGAAAAAAGAACUCAAGCAAAAAAGAGAAAAAAAUGAGGAAACAAAUACGAUUUGACAUUGCAUCAAAAGGUUACAAUGGAAAUUUCAACUUUUCAAAUAUUCCAGAAGUAAUGCUUGAAUAA